UUGAUGACUCUGUUGCUGGCACUGGUUGCUGGUUGGAAAUAGAUGUCGCUGCGCUGGAUUUCGCCUCAGACGGAUUUGUUUUGGUGAAAGAGAAUCCACGCGCGCUUUUUAAUGGCAGAAAGUAGGUGAAAAUUUCAAAAUGUCGUUUGAAACAAACCAAAGCGGAGAUACCACUUUUAAACUGGAGCUUGAUGAAGACACAUCGUCGAUGCAGACUGAAUCAGAGGACCUCAACAGCCCACAGGUUAACACUGAAAAUGAAAUGAAUGAAAGUGGGGAUGAAAGUGACUCAUCAAACACUAUAUCAUCUUCACAAGCAUCAAAAAAGAAGCAAAAAUCUGAUGGAUAUGGGAAGAGAAAGAGAAGAAAAAGAGUGUUUGGUUCACAGCAAUAUCAGAAAACCAAAGCUUCCUAUAAAUGCACAAACUAUUUAAAGGAAGAUCACAAGCAACCAAUAUUUGGAGUACAGUUUUAUCAGUUAUUAAAUGAUGAUGAAAAAGAUCCACUUGUGUUUGCAACUGUUGGAAGCAAUCGGGUUUCAGUUUACAAAUGUGAAGAAGGCUCUGGAAGAAUAACACUGUUGCAGAAUUACUGUGACUCUGAUCCUGAAGAAAAUUAUUAUACUAGUGCAUGGUCAUAUAAUACUGAAACAUCUGAUCAGAUCUUGGCAUUUGCUGGUGUGAAAGGAGCCAUCCAUGUUGUGAGUGUUGCAAGAAGGCAGAGCACCAAGUACUAUCAAGGCCAUGGAAGCAGUAUAAACGAGCUUCGCUUUCAUCCAGUGGAACCGCUGUUGUUGUUUUCAGCAAGUAAAGAUCAUUCGAUAAGGAUUUGGAAUAUCAAAACUGAUAUAUGCGUUUGUGUACUUGGAGGUGUCAAUGGUCAUAGGGAUGAAGUUCUAAGCAUUGAUCUUGACAUACUUGGAACAAAGCUGGUAUCAUGUGGUAUGGAUCAUUCUUUGAAGAUUUGGCCCUUGGAAACAGAGAAGUAUAAAAUGCGAAUAGAUGAUUCAUUCAAACAUGAUCCAACAGCUGAUUCAAGGAGCUUUUUACCGCUCAAUGUGCAUUACCCGGCCUUUUCGACACGAGAUGUUCAUAGGAAUUACGUAGACUGUGUUCGAUGGUAUGGCGACCUUAUCCUUUCAAAGUCUUGUGAUAAUAAAGUCAUACUCUGGAAACCAAAAAUGCCAAUGGACAAACUGCUUCAAAAGCAAGGUGCAUCAGAAACUGGGGUUUCUGUACUUCACAAAUUCGAGUUCAACCAGUGUGACAUUUGGUUCAUCAAAUUUGCAAUGGAUUUCAAUUUAAAACUUCUUGCCGUUGGCAAUCAAACUGGAAAAAUAUUCCUUUGGGAUCUAGAUGUUAAUCAACCAGCAAAUGCAAAAUGUGUAUCUUUGACUUAUCCAAAGUGCACAACAACUAUUAGACAAAUCUGUUUCAACAAAGAUGCAAGCGUGUUGAUUGCAACUUGUGACGAUGGAACAGUAUGGAGGUGGGACAAACAAUCUGGAUGAAAAGGACUUUCCCAAAAAUUAGUUUUUACUUCUGUUGUUACAAGAAAGCAACUUUUAAAGUCAAAACCAGCCCAUCUUGGACUUAAAGAUAUUUUAACAAAAACUUUCCAUUUGUAUAGAUUAUAAAAUUGUAAUUAGUUACUCCAAGUAAUCAGGAAAUGUUCAGAGGAAAUCAUUUGGAUUUUGCUAUCAUAUACUGUUGAA